AUGAGGGCCGGGGUCCGGCUUCGCGGCGGCUCGACGCUGUGCGCCGGCCGCGCCUCGACUCGCCGCCGCCGCCGCCGCCGCCGGGCCCUCCCCCCGGGCCGCUCCACGUGGCCGCUCCACGUCGCCCUCCCGCCGGCCGCCGCCCUGGCCCGGGCAGAGCUCGCAGGGGCCGCGGCCGCCACCCUCCGCAGCCCCCGCACCCCCGCCGGGCUUCCUCCCCGCGGUCCCCGCGCGCGCGUGUGCGUGUAUGUGCAGGACAAGACAGCAGCUGUUAGUGUGACCGUGACUGCUGGCUGUGCGUGUGAGGCGCCCGUGACGUUGCAGAGGCCUCAACUGGUGACUGGGUCCUGGUUUCUGGCCUUCCUGGAGCAACACUGUCCAGUCACUCUGGAGACUUUCUACCCUACGCUAUGGUGUUUUGAGGGACAGCUACAAACCAUCUUCCGAGUCUUACUGCAGUCUCAGCCUCCAGUCCCUUACUGGAGUGAAGUCCUCCACACCCCAGAUGGAAGGUUUCUGCUAGACUGGGCCGGCCGGCACAGCAGCAGUCAGUACCCUGACCCUACUACCCAGCCCAUUGUAUUACUGCUUCCUGGUAUCACAGGCAGUAGCCAGGACUCCUAUAUCUUCCAACUGGCCAACCAAGCUCUGAGGGAUGGUUAUAGAGCUGUUGUAUUUAAUAACCGGGGCUGCCGUGGGGAAGAACUGCUCACCCACAGGGCCUUUUCUGCCAACAAUACUGAAGAUCUGGAGACAGUCGUGAACCACACAAAGCACCGCUACUCCCAAGCUCCACUGCUGGCCGUGGGCAUCUCUCUUGGAGGGGUACUAGUGCUGAACCACCCAGCACGAACAGGGCAGGCUUCGAGGCUGGUGGUGGCACUGACUCUAUCUGCGUGCUGGGAUUCCUCUGAGACCACCCGCUUCCUGGGGACCCCACUCCACUCACUGCUCUUCAGUCAGCGCCUCGCUGCUGAGCUCUGCCACAUUGUGAACCGAAACAGAAAGGUGAUGGAAAAGGUUGGGAACGUAGACUUCAUGCUACAGGCCCGCACAAUCCACCAGUUUGAUGAGCGCUACGCAACUGUGGCCUUUGGAUAUCAAGACUGUGUUACCUACUACCAAACAGCAAGCCCAAGAACCAAGGUAGAUGCCAUCCAGACCCCUGUGCUCUGCCUCAAUGCAGCUGACGACCCCUUUUCCCCAAUCCAAGCCCUUCCCCUACAGGCUGCCCAAUGCUCUGCCCACGUGGCACUGCUCAUCACAGCCCGGGGUGGCCACAUUGGCUUCCUGGAAGGGCUGUUCCCCUGGCAGCACUGCUACAUGACCCGCCCCUUACAUCAGUACACCAAAGCCGUCUUCCAGCCCUCGGCGGAGCUGCUCAACCUCAGCGGUCUCUUCCCCUUCCAAGAGAGGCAAGAGCUGACAGGAGUACCACCAGGGUCUUAAUUCAGUCUUCGCUUAUUUAUUAAAUAUCAACUUUUCCCGAAGAACGGGCUGAGGUUCAUUUUCCCUUUUCUCAAGGUUAGGGU